AUGCAAUACUUUCAAAACUUUGAAUAUGAAAUUAAAAUAAAUAUCUUCAAAUAUGUCGAUUAUCCUCUGAAUUUAAUAUCAACUUGUCGAAAUUGGUCCGUGAUUGCGAAGGAUUCUUACGCUAAAACUAAAUGGUUGAUAGAACAUCAUGGAAAAGAACAUGCCUUCUUCCAUGCUGUAAGAUUAGGGGUUACUUUUAUUGACAUGACGAUGUGUCAAUCUUUAAUUGAAAGAAAAAUAAUUUCAUCGAGAUAUUUUAUUCAAGUAUUGUUAAAGCAUUUUAGAAUGCAUAACCAAAGAUUAAUUGAACUUAGUAUAGGACAUAAUUUUGAUCAAUUUAACGCUGAUAAAAAUCAAUCAUCCUGGGCGAGAAAUUUAAUUAUAUUCGCAUUUAAUUAUUUAUUAAAUGAUAAUGAAAGGCAAUUAGUUUAUGCUGAGAAAAAUUUACCUUCAAAAGAUAUGAGACUAACCAAUCUUCGUGUUAAUAAUGAUUCUGCUGAAAUAUUAAAAAAUAAUAAAAAUAACCUGAAAGACACCGAAGGGCUUAUUAUAAAUAAAUUCAUUACACUUUCGUCAAAGUCUCCACUUAAUUUGGAUUUUAAUAGCGCUUCUUUUAUUCACCAACCAUUAUUAAUUCCCGAUAAAUAUUUAUCGUCAAAGAAGUUUGAUGCGAUAAAAUUUCUUGAUUUUUUACAACAAAAUAUUUUCUUAAGGCCUUUGAUCAUUUUACCUCUUCUCAUUAAUAACGUUGGAAUAUUUGGAGUACGGCCUUCAUCGAAAAAUGUUAGUCAAAGAAGACGGGAUCGAGUUACAAGACAACAAAACACGAAUAGAAUAUAUAAAACAUAUAGAAGACGUAGAAGACGUGCGCAAUUUAAUGAACCAAUCAACAACGAGGACACAUUGAACUCAAUUGCCAACCUUCCUAGACAGGCUUCAAUUGAUCCAUUAAUACACGAGUUUUUUAAUGGAGCUACGUUUUACUACAAUACGUACUAA